AUGUCUUUAGCCAGGCUCGAUUACACUGAUAAUAAUAAAGAGCAGCAGAUUGAAUAUCAAACGUUAUCGUCCGAUUUCACUCUAGAUAAAAUCGAGCGCCCUGAACGCUUACACGAAUGGUUGAAGACUGAAGAAAUUGAACUGCUGUAUUCCAAAUUUUCGAAAAAAACACAAUUGACUUAUCCCGAGUUGCGGGAAGAAUUGGAGAAUCUUAAUAUAAAAUUCACUGAUCUGGAGUAUAAUCGCCUCUUCUUGAAGAUCAAUCAAAACCGUGACUUUAAAUGUGAUUGGAACGAAUUCAUUUCUUAUUUAAUAUUCGGGUUUCAAGAAGACGAUCCCGCUGGUCGAAAAGAAUCACUUAUUUUGCCAUUAUCUACCCCACCUAUAAUUAAAAAAUCUGAACACCGUUUAGCAAUUUGUGCCAUCGCAUUAUUAAAGUCGGUUAGUGACGCUGAGGAGGAGAAUCAAAAUGAUAAACAUUUUAGUAGCGAUGACGAGGAUGACGAUGAAGAGCGACAUAACAAGAAGCUUCUUAGGAAUGUGGCUUUUGAGGAGUCACCAGAUACCGCAGGAAUAUGGAUAACAGCUAGCCGAGAAGGGCAAAUUCGUUUUUGGUCGAUGAGUUUGGCGCCUAUACGUACUGGCACAUCCGAAAGCUUGCACUCAAAAGGAUCUACCUGGAUAUUAAGUAUAGUCGCCUUAUCGGAUGUUAACAUUGUCUGUACGUCAUCGACGGAGCGUGAGCUACGUUUCCAUGAGACGGUGGCCUCUACGUUUAAUUUGCGUAUUGUUAUUCGUAGCAUGCCCUACGCCGUGUGCUAUAUGAGCUACAAUUUUCAUUCGGGUGGGAAACAAUUUUCUAGAUUAGUUAUGGGCGAUUAUGGUGGUAAUGUACGUAUGUUAGAAUUCGAUCCAUAUUUGAGGGGACCUUUCCAAAGCAAACCAGGAGCAGCCUUGGUGGAAGCUUUCUGGUCCGAUAUUUUAAAGGGCAAAUUACCGCAGUUUAAAUGCCGUGAACAUUUAAGUGUACAUUCGGAAAUGAUACAACAGGCAUUUUAUGCCAUGCGCUUAAAUUGUCUGUUUGCCUGCGCAGAAUACCGCAAUACAAGAAAAUAUCGAGGCCGCUGUCCCGGUCUGAUAAGUUUGUACGGAGAAGACAAGGCCGUAUUUCGUAUACCAUUAGGCGUUACUACGUUUUGUAUUGAUGAGCGAAAUAAUAUUGUAAUUACUGGAGGUCCGGAUACGAGUUUGCGAAUUUGGGAUGUUUACAUACCAGCACAACCAACGGGCUUGUUAACGGGACACAAUGCAGGCAUAGUCAAGAUCUUUGUGCAAUCUGAAGAGAAGAAACUUUAUAGCAUAGAUUAUCACAAGGUUAUUAAAGUUUGGGAUCUUUCCGAGCACUCAUUAUUGCAAACUUUUGGUGAUUUGGCACGUUUAAUACCUGGUGAAACCGAUUUGGUAUAUCAUUAUCAUAAGCAACUACGGGAACUUUUGAUUGGUGGUCGCAAAUUAAUAGCGGUCAAGUGUAAUCCACGCAUGCGUGUAGAUUUAACUGAUGGGAAUACUCAUGCCGCCCCUGUCUCAGUCGUAUUGUAUAAUAAAUUAUUUCGUAAUUUAGUUACUUGCGGUCUGGAUAGCUAUAUAAUUGUGUGGGAUCCUUGGACUGGCAAACGCAAAAUUAUUAUGAAAAAUUGUCACACUAAACAAGUCUACGGGGAAAAUAUUGAUAUUGAAAUUACGGCGGCAUGUUUCGAUCCUUUAGAACAAUUUUUAUUGACGGGUGCUCGCGACGGUUCACUCAAGGUCUGGAAUUACAAUAACGCCGUUUGCGUACGUAAUAUGAGUAUUAAAAGCGAUCACGAAGUAACUGCUGUUAUAUGGGUCGUGGAAAGGAUAUUAGCUGUUGGCUGGGACCAGCAGGUUACAGAAUUCAAUGAUGUAGAAGGUCGGGAAUAUUCUGAUCCUAAGAAAUGGCCCAUGUUCCAUAGCGAUGAUAUUACCUGCGCCGAUGUGAAGCUAGGCGAAGGCGUUGCUACAGCCACUCAUUCCGGCGAAUUGAUAUUUUGGAAAUUGGAAACCGGUCAACCUUACCGACGUUAUAAUGUCCAAGAACCGGUAAAAUUUAUCGAAUUAAAGCUAAAAGGACUUCGUCUUGAGAAGCGUAAGGAAGUUGUUUAUGAGGAUGAUUUGAAUGUUAGGACGCGUGAUAUGUCGGUAUUUGAACGCAUUAGAGAAAUGGAAAAACAAUGGACUGCGCUUGUGUCUGAUCAAAGAUCAGAAAUCAAAAUAAGAGCCGAGAGCUUUCACCGCGGUAUAAUUGUUGCUCCUGGUGCGACCGUAUCUGUGCAAGCAAUUUUAUUUUUGCAAACACGUCCCAUGACUCCCGAAUAUGGUAGCGUUUUCGUAGCAUUGGAAACUGGUGCAAUACAAGUAUAUUCUCAUCAUCAACGCGGUAGCUACAUAACCGAGUUCAAUGCCAUACAUAAAAUUGGUGAUUGUGUUUUGACUAUGACAACUGAUCGUAAAAAUCGUUACCUCUUUACUGGUACUGCAUUUGGUUACAUCAAGAUUUGGCAUGUUAAGAACUAUUGCAUACCAGAACAGGAAAAAAUUAGGAUCAGUAUGCCGUUAUUGCGUUUACAGUUUAUAUUUUUGCGCAAGGAAUUGAUUUUAACCCGAGCAAAGCGCGCGGUACGCAACCAAAAAGAGCCUUUAUUACUCAACUCAUAUAAAGGGCAUUUAAAAGCCAUACAUUCGGUCGUUUUUGUUAAUUUACCAAAAGUUUUAAUUACAGGUAGCCAUGAUUUCUCAGUUCGCCUGUGGACUAUAGGUGGUAGAUAUCUAGGGACUUUGGGUAUGCCAUUACCUUGGAUGAAACUGUCGCCAUUCGAACCGAUAAGCGAGAAGGAGCAUGUAUUUCGUAUGCCUCCUGAUAUUAAAAAAGUUGCCAGUUCUACUACCAUGAAGGUGAUUACGGGCGUUCAAGAAGGCCGUUUUCGUAUGAAUAUUCGUAAAGCUCAGAAAAAAAUUGAUGAUGAAAAAGGCGCAGAGGAGGAAUUGCUUGGGCAUUGUGGUAAAUCAUUGCGCGGACCCAUUUUGGGUAAACACUUUAAAUUACCGGGUCGUAGCGGCGUAGAGAUCCCGAUUGAGUUGGACAUUACAAGCUCUUAUGUACCGGUUUAUAAUCAUUUGAAAGUUCAUGAAACAAAAACUUUCGAAAUACCAUCCACACCAAGUUCCGUAAAGCGUAUUGCGAGCGAAAAUUAUAUGGACUUUUAUGAGCCGAUUCCUGUACGAAGCGAAGGCAUUAAAUCUACGGGUUUAUUUAGUAAUAUGUUAAAGCGUGGACGAAGAACGAUUAGGGAAUCAGCCUUUCAUCGAGAAUCGCAACCAUAA